ACUAUUUAUCGAAAAGUGAAAGUGUUCAAGUGAAGUGUAAUAGUUAAAGCAUGCCACACAAAAAGCGCUCCUCCAGCCCCUUGGAUAUGUUCGACGAUGACUUCGAUGAGGAUGCUAGUUCACAAAGCUCUCAGCCGCCGGUGCAACGAAAUGCGGCAAACGCACGGGAACGCAUGCGAAUGCGUGUGCUGUCGAGUGCCUAUGGAAGACUGAAGACAAAGCUGCCCAACAUUCCGCCGGACACAAAGCUCUCCAAGUUGGACACCUUGCGGCUGGCCACGCUCUACAUUAAACAGCUAAUUAGUGCCGUCGAGACGGGCAAUGGCAAUUCGCAUGGCGGUCAUCCCAUGGCUGAGUUGCUGGACUCGAGGCAUUCAGCAACAACAACGACAGAUUGCAGCGGCAGCAACAGCUCCGCCGUCGCAGGAACGGCGACAUCUUUUAAUUUCCACAAUGCUGGACAUCUCGGCAUGAGCUGGCCCUUUGAGUUUCAUCAGCACUUGCAACAGCAUGGUAACAAUCGCACUUCGAACCAGACAUUCAGCUCAACGCGCAUGGAUUGGCAAACUGCCCAGACGCAAUCCUAUCCUAAGGCGCCACGUAAUGAACAUCAGCUUGUGAGUGACGCCAGCUACACCCAAUUACAGGAUGCUCAUUGGUAUCCAUCUGAUAUGGGUAUGCAAUUGGAUCAGUCGCGAAGUGGGAACGGCUGCUGCGCCUAUGAAACAGCCGGAGUUGGACAGCAUCAGCAUCAACGUGGCAUUCCCAUAGCCACCAGUCAGGCGCAUAGCCUUUAGCUUAGCAUUUAAAUAUCCUACUACUACUAUAACGACUAACUAAAAUUGUAUUAAAAUCGUGAUUCAUAUUCUACUCUAUUACUAAGCCAAA